GAGGUUAGAAUUUUGCGCGGGGGAAUUUUGACAGUUUUCGCUGGAAUUUCAGGAAAUUGUGAAAAUUUCCGGGAAAAAGAGGAAAAAUGUCCAGUUCAGAGCUGAAUUUCAACAACACGUACGAGAGGAUUGUGGUGCUUGUGGAUAUGGAUUGUUUCUACUGCCAAGUGGAGGAGAAACUCAAUCCGGAACUCCGGGGAAAACCCAUGGCUGUGGUUCAGUACAAUGCCUGGAUGGGAGGAGGGAUCAUUGCGGUGAAUUACGCGGCGAGAGCUAGGGGUGUCACGCGUCAUAUGCGCGGAGACGAGGCCAGGAAGCACUGUCCGGAGAUUGAAUUGGUCAAAGUACCCUCAGUGCGGGAGAAGGCGGAUUUGACAAAGUAUCGCGAUGCUGGGAAGGACGUGGCGCGUGUCCUGCAAUCCUUUACACCCAAUCUCGAGCGAGCAAGUGUGGAUGAGGCAUACCUGGACAUCUCCAGCAAUGUCAUCGAGAGAAUGAAGGAGAUGGAUCGUGGGGAAUACUUCAUUGAGCCACAAGAUGUCACCAAUACCUUUGCCGUUGGGCACAAGAGCUUUGGGGACUUUGUACGGAGUCUCUCAGCGAGGAUGUCUUCCGGGAGUCAGGAUGAGGAAGAAGUGGAUGAAAUGGAGGAUUUUAGAGCUGCAAAUGCUUCGUGCAAAUCCCAGGAGAAGGAUGUGAAGAAGCGCAAUGAGUUGAAACUCCUCGUGGCAGCAACAAUUGUCAAUGACAUCCGGAGGGCAGUGAAGGAGGAAACGGGAUAUGAAUGCUCUGCGGGCAUUGCUCACAAUAAGAUCCUCGCAAAACUCGUGGCUGGUCUCAAUAAGCCCAACAAACAGACCAUUGUCAGCAUUGACGCCGUUGUGACGCUCUUCGAGGACAUGCCGAUCCUGAAAGUUCGCGGCUUGGGAGGGAAGUUCGGGGAGAUUGUUUGCCAGAAGCUCAAUGUGAAGUUCAUGGGGGAUCUCCUGGAAUUCACGGAGAGUGAACUCCGGAAGGCUUUCAACGACAAAGACGGCACAUGGCUGUACUACCUGGCCAGGGGCAUUGAUCUCGAACCCGUCGUUCCACGACUCAUUUCCAAGAGUAUCGGAUGCUGCAAGAAGUUCCCCGGAAAGGGAGCAAUAACAGGUGUGAAGACCCUGACGCACUGGCUCAAGGAACUCGCAUCGGAAGUUGUGGAUCGCCUGGAGAAGGAUCACGUGGAGAAUAAUCGUCGUGGACGGCUCCUUACUGUGAGCUUCACUCAAUCAAUUGGUGGGGAGGACAUUGCUAGCUCCAGGAGUGUCCCGCUGGAUACGUACGACGUUCAGAAGAUUGCCGAUGAUGCCUUUGAGGUGAUGCGGAAAAACACAGACGUCUUCUAUGUCGUUGAGAAUCCCUCAAUGCUGCAAAAUCCGAUUAAAUUGCUCGGAUUGAGUGUUGGUAAGUUUGAGAAGAAUCCCGCGCCGAAGAAGAAUCGCAUCCAGGAAAUGUUUCGGAUGCAGGAAACAAAGAAAAAGGAAGAGAAAGCUAAAGAAGAAGAAAAGAGUGACGACAAUGAAGGAUUCUUUGAGCAAUACCUCGAGAAAGGGACUCAGGAACAUCCCAACGAGAACACAGAGUCUCCCACAAAAGAUUCUCCCGGCAUUAGUCUUCCGGAAACUCCCGAAAAGCCCGAACAAGAGGAUACCCUUGAAGGUUCUUCAAAGGAUUUCAAUGACAGCGAUGGUUUCCUCAAACAAUUCAUUGAGAAAGAAACGGAAGAUCUUUUAGAGGAAUCCCCGGAAAAGUGUCCUCCAGAAGAAACUUCAACCCCAGAAUACAAGAAAACCUACGCGGAAUUCGCCCGUCCACAGCUUCCGGAGGAAUUUACAACAAUCUGCGAGAUGUGCAACAAGAGGAUAUCUCACUACGAAGCUGCAUCCCAUUCCGACUACCAUUUUGCCCUCCAGCUAAGUCAGGAGCAGAGAACGGAAUUCCGGAAGGAGAUCAAGGAGAAAAUUGCCGCUCCUCCGCCUGCAAAGAAGUUAAAAACAUCCAAACCUGCAGCAAAAGCAUCCCCAUCCGUCUCAAUAAAAAGCUUCUUCAGCAGAACACAAGAGCCCAGGGAGGCAGGAAGUGCCGGAAGAGCCACGGAAAAGUGUCCAGAGUGUGGGAAAAACAUCCCUGUUGAGGAGAUCACUGAACACGCGGAUUAUCACAUUGCCAGGAGGCUGCAAAUGGAGAUGAAUCAAACCAAUUCCCAAGCCUGGAGUCAAACAAACCAGGAAAAAACGAAGAAAAGCGCCCCAAAAGCUUCAAGCUCAAAGUUUCCCAAUAUUGCGAGUUAUUUUUCAAGUUCUUGAGUUUUAUUUUAUUGAUUUUAUUGUUGAAAUUAUAAUUUUUUAAUAAAAAAC